AUGUUGACCAUCUUUUCCGUCGACGCUCGUCAUCAUGGCGCUGGACCCAUCAAGUACGCGUGGGACCCCCGCGGCAAGUACGUGGCGUCCUCUGGCACGUCGCGCGUCGCUCAGAUCUGUAACCGACGGGGCAAACUCGUGGAUCAGAUCGUGUUACCGUCUCCGAGCAUGUGCACGUUGCUCGAUUGGAGUGCAAGUGGAGAGAUUCUGGCCAUUGUGCAGGCCAAUGCAGCGUCUCUCGUGCUGUGGGAACCCAAGAAGAUCCAGCAGCACCAAGUUGUGGCCUUGCCGAGCAAAGACGUUACCUUUAUCAAGUGGUCCAAGUCGCCACAUUCGUUGUUGGUUGCGAUUGGUACGAGUCGAGGCCACGUGUACAUUUACGACCAUGCAACGGGUACGAAGACACAAGUGGCGAGCAAGCACAAACGACGCAUUGUCUGUGGCGACUGGAACUUUGAGGACAAAUUUGCUUUUGGCUCUGAAGACCGACAAAUCACCAUUUGUUUGCCGUCGGGGCAAACGUUAGACCAGGUCAAGAUCAAAGCGUCGCCGCGAAGUGUCACGUUUGGCGGCAAACGAGGGGACAAAGACGCCAUCUUGUCGGUCAAUAUGGGCGGGAAGACCAUCCUGCUGUACGACUUGCACGAGCGGGAAAACGCACUGGAGUUGGCGUUUCAGGCGCGAUACGGCAACAUUGUCUCGUACCAGUGGUUUGGCAACGGCUACAUCAUUGCAGGUUUCUCAUCGGGCUACGUUGUCAUUAUCUCGACACACUUGAACGAGAUCGGACAAGAGCAGUACUGUGCCAAGUUCCACGAACAUGCACUCCGGGAGAUUGUCUACCACGAAGCGAAUGGUAUGGUCGCCACCUGUGGAGACAAGUGCAUCAAAGUCGUGCGAAUGAGCGACUGGAAGGAGAUUGCGGUGGAGUACCUUGACAAGGAACCAGCUGCAUCAAGUGCGCAUACCGCUGGAACCAGUGGAUCGCUUUCGCCCAAUGCAUCGUCACCAGCUGUCCUUGCGGAUCCUCCAGGAGCUAGCUCGAGCAGUGGACCAGUCCAGGCAACGUCGUCGUGUUUCGAAGAUCUUCAGUGGACUCCUGACGGACGGAUCCUGAGUGUCGGCUCGCACAAUGGCUGUCUGCACAACUUCCUCGUCCUCCGGUCAGCGCUGCAGUCUCCGUUGCUCAACCUCGACUUGCCGUUUGCAACGGUGCUGAAACCCAUCGCGCCGUGGACACUGCUCUUCACCAUGAGCUUCCUGUUCUUUGCGGUGCUGCUCGUGCUCAGCGUCCAAUUCGAUGUCUCGUGCAUCGACGUCUUUCGCGCAAUGACCGGCUUUGUCGAGAGUGUAUGA